AUGUAUGUACAUACGCAGUUUCAUCAAAAAUUUUCGGAUCAACAAAAGGGCAUUUAUAUACAUUUUGGGGGAAUGCGAAAAUGAACUUGGAAAUGACAAAAGACAAGGUUCUCUUUCUCCAAAAAUAAAACUUGCUGCAUGUCUACGUUUCUUAGCCACGGGUAGUUAUCAACAUUGUAUUGGAAAGGACUUCAAUAUAAAUAUGGCCCAAUCGACAUUUUGUGUUGUAUUAGAUGAAGUACUCAACAUUCUUGAGUACAGGUUAUGUUCAAGGUGGGUCUCCAUUGACAUGACCGCAAGCGAGGAAUUGGAAGCAAAAACAUAUUUUUUUGGCAAAUCAAAAAUUCCUGGUGUGGCAAUGGCAGUUGAUGGAACUCACGUAAAGAUAAUGGCACCGUCAAGAGAUAAACAUCUGUAUUUUAACCGCAAAGGAUUCUCAAGUCUAAAUGUUAUGCUGGUUAGGCUUUUUCAAAAUUAACUUAUUAUUCAGUAUUCUAUAUAUACAUAUAUAUGUUUUUCAUAUGUAGGCGUGUGACCAUAAGAUGCAAAUUCGAUACGUUUGUGCUAAAUAUCCCGGCAGUAGUCAUGAUUCUCACAUAUGGGAUAUGAGUGAUUUGAAAAUCAUUAGCGCAUCAAAUUAUCGGAGAGGACAUGCAAAUUUAAUACUAGGUGACAAAGGCUACCCUCUUCAACCGUGGCUCAUAACUCCGUUUAGGGAACCAAUAACAUGCGUCCGAAAAAGGAGAUUCAACACAUAUCAUGCUAAAGUCCGAAUUGUUAUUGAGAAAACAAUAGGUUUAUUAAAAUCGGUAUUUCGUUGUCUUUGUAGUGAACGAGGACUACAUUACGCACCAUAUAAAGCAGCGCGUAUUGUCAAUUUAUGCUGCGCAUUGCAUAAUAUUCGUUUGCAUUUUAAUUCAAAUGAAAACAUAAAUGAGUUAAACCUGGACACAACUGAAAAUGCAUAUUCCAACGAAGAUGAGAAUGAUAUAGAUGAUACGCCUACCGAUGAAGCAAAUAGAAUUAGAGACAGUUUUUUAGAUAUUUUUUAAUAUAAGUUCAUAGUACAUAUUCAUAUUAAAAUUAUUUAAAUAAACAUAAAAAUUCAUUAAACGAAUUAUUAGAAAUUAAAAAUAAAAACUUAUAGAUUAUUUAAAUGUUGUAGUUCAAGUUCUACAAUUCUUUUUUUCCAUUACAGCAUUAUGUCGCUUCAUUUCCUUCAAUUUAUCUUUUUCAAUUUCAUAGAUUUUUCUUAUCAAUCUGCUUGUUUCAGAUUGUGCUUGUGCAUGUUCGCUCUGUUGCUUCAUAAGCGUGUUUAGAACUUUUGAAACAUUGUCCUCCAUCUUUUUUUGGAUAUUUAUUUGCUCCUCAAGAAGACUCAUUUUAUUUAUUUUCUGUUUCUUGUGCGGUGUACAGUGGGUCAGGUGGUCAGU